AUGGAUCCAAUAGAUUUGAGCGUAAAGACUCAGCGGGACUGGGACUCUGGAAAGCAUGCAGUCAACCAACUCCAACAUGAGACACUGUUAAUGAGUGGAAUCUAUGCAUUAUAUUGUAUCAAUUAUGGAAUUCAUGCUCUCGAACGCAACUUCACAGUUCUGGGCAGAAAGCCACUCGGAUCUGCAUUUGUUACUGCUCUCCCACUGAAUUGGCCUUCCUCUCCAAAGACUCCGUCAUGGCCGGGCAAGAACCUGUUCACCAUAGGCUAUGGACAGAUUGCUCCAACCGCUGAUCCGCCAGAGGAACUGGUCCUUCUGUCUCCCACACCAGAAAAACCACCACUCUACCUAUCGACUCCCUCUAGCACCACCAGACGCAAGGCAUCUUCCCAACGAAACAAACAACGCACCACUGGUGACGAUGAUGCCACCUCCAGGCGGUCCUCCUCACGAUCUAAAUCCAGAGAAUCAAAUUCAAUAAAGUCGAACGUAACUAGAAACUCGUCAUCUUCAACUCUGGUCAAUGACGAAGAAAUUGCUACCCUGACCGAAGCUGAAUUGUCGUCUCUGCCUGAAACAUCCACUCCACAAAUCACAUUCUAUCAAGGGUUUCGGGCUGUCUAUCCUCAGCUAGCUGCUACACAGACUACAUCAAGGACUAGUAUAAAACGAUCAUCUAAUAACAUACAAUCGUCGUCAACUGAGACUGGUAGCAUGGUUCAUAUGAGAUAUGAGAAGAUGCAGGUCCAUGAGACUAUGGAGCUUCAUUAUCCAACAAAUGCAACAGCAGCAUCAACAAGUAGUCAUGAUGCAACAUAUGUGGCGCCGGAAAAUAUACGUGUUCAUUCAGUUUCGAUUCAUAAUGUGUCUCGGUUAUUCACAGAACUGCUAAACGAGCGUGAUCUCAUCCUUCACGAAUGUGAAAAGUUGGAAACUGAGAGAGGAUCAUACACAGACCAAUUAAGGCAAAUCGAAGACAUGCUGACUGAACUGAAUCGACGAAAGGGGGAAGUCAUUCAACGGUUGCGUCAAGUCGCUGAUAGAGAAGAGAAAGUGAAUGAGCUCCUGGAAGAUUUAGAUGCUCGUGUCGCUUCUGUUGGUGAUGAAAGUGCUCGUUUCGAACGUAAAAUUCGAAGCAUUAAAGGUGAUUCUGCUGCUUUGGAUGUUGACGCUACACCCAGAACUCUACCAAAUACUUGUCUGAAGACGUUAUUUGGUCACGAAGACACGGUAGAGUGCCUAGACUUUGACAUACCGUUCGGAACACUCGCAUCUGGUUCAGCAGAUCGUACCAUAAGAAUAUGGGACUUGAGUUCUCAUCGUUGCAGUGCCGUGUUGAGCGGCCACACAGGCUGGGUUCGAUCCGUACAAAUCCGAAACCAAACUCUAAUGUCUGGAAGUGGAGACCACACUAUACGUCAAUGGGACUUGUCGCUAAUACCGCCUCUAUCACCUGUAAUCAAUGUCACUUCAUCGCUGCACCACAAACACGAACCUGCACCGAUAGAUUCUGAGGUAGUCUGUACUCGAGUAUUCCGUGGUCAUGCUGGCGGAGUAGGAUGUCUGGCGUUCGAUGAUCGACAAAUGGUUAGUGGUAGUACGGAUAGCACGAUACGAGUAUGGGAUUUGAAUACUGGCGACACCACCCAAAUCCUACGAACCGAGAAAUGGGUCGAAGGAGUUUCGAUGAACAAGAUGGAUGCGAUGGUUGUCGGUCAUGGUGCUCGAGAAUCACUUAAUUACCCACCUGCUACCGUGGAUAUAUUCACAGACAAGCCCAAGGAUGAUGGUUUCAUGCUCUAUAAUGUUGGCGGGCAUGUUGCUGCACUGCAGUUUGUAGAAUUUGCCUUGGCUGCUGGGUAUGGUGAUGGUUUAGUCAGGUUGUGGGAUUUAAGGUCUGGCAAGUGCCAUCGUGAAUUGGGUGCUGCUGUUGGAGGUCAUACUGGUGCUAUAACGACACUCAAGUUUGAUGAGCGUUGUGUGGUGACUGGUGGUGUUGACAAGACUGUCAAGAUAUGGGAUCUACGAAUAGGUGACGUACUAGAAACCAUCCCCUUCGACACCUGUAUAAACGCUGUAGCAUUCGACACGUGGAAAAUCGUCGUGGCGACCUCCUCAAAGGACAUAUCCAUAUAUAAUCGAUCAACCUCAUCCAUUCGCAUUCUGGAUCAAGAAUCGUCGUAUUCGCCUGAUACUGAUCAGCAGAGCAUCGUUACAAAGUAUGGACAGACGCCACCUAUGCAUGGUGGACACUCUAAAUCUGUGAGGUGUCUGUCGUUAGUUGAUGAUAUGCUUUGUAGUGGUGGUGCAGAUGAUGUAGUAAAGGUCUGGAGAAUGGGCAAGUUCGGAAGUUCACUAAUAUGA